AUGUCUUCGCCAUCUUCUUCGUCUCUGCGCGCUUUGACUCGCGCUGCUAGGGAGCCAGUCUCAACGCGGUCGCGUAAUGCAGCUGCCAGGAGUCUCUCUUCCUCAACUUCAAGACAAUUAUCCUCAUCUUCUCGGAGAUCCGCCGUCCUCCAUCAUGGCUCGACGUUUGCUACCGCAUCUCCGACUAGGACGCAACAGCUAAAGUCUCAUGUGCAGAGGAUAGGGCAGGCUCGGAGUAUGUUCAUCCAGACAGAAACAACACCUAACGACGACUCGCUCAAGUUCAUCCCUGGCGUCGAAGUCAUGGGAGAGGGCACAGCAGAGUUUACCGACAUUCGCUCCGCCCUCAAGUCUCCUCUGGCCAUCCGCCUCAUGGGCAUCGAGGGCGUUACUGCAGUCUUCUACGGCCCCGACUUUGUCACCGUCUCCAAGGACCCGGAUACGUCCUGGUCCGUCAUCAAACCCGAAGUGUACGCGAUGCUCAUGGAGCACUUUUCGUCGGGGCAGGCACUUUUCCGGUCGGACGAGGACCGUGAGGCGGCAGGUCCCCAGGAUACGCGCAUUCUGGACACGGACUCGGAGACGGUUGCGAUGAUCAAGGAGCUUUUGGAGACUCGCGUGCGCCCGGCUAUCAUGGAGGACGGUGGUGAUAUCGAGUAUCGGGGCUUCACGGACGACGGGGUAGUGCAGGUUAAGCUGAAGGGCAGUUGUCGAGGGUGCUCCUCAAGCACGGUGACGCUGAAAAGCGGGAUCGAGCGCAUGCUCAUGCACUACAUUCCUGAGGUCAAGGGAGUAGAACAGAUCCUCGAUCAGGAAGAGGCUAUUGCGCUCAACGAGUUCGAGAAGCUGGAGCAGCGCCUAGCGAAGGAGCACGGCCACGAGAAACAGGACUCGAGUAUGGCUCAGUACAUGUCCGUUUAG